AUGACCUCCCAUCCGCAGCCCCGUUCUCACUCCCACUCCCACAACCACACCUCGUUGCCCCGCCGUGUGCCCUCCAUUAGCGCCUUGCUAACGACCCCCCAAUUCCAAGAAAAUAUCAACACAUCCACAGUCACCUUGCCGCCGCUACACCAUGUCACUCCACCAGCCACGCCUGCAUCAACCCCGGGUCUUCAGAGUCCUCCGGUCUUCCGUUCGCCUGGCAUGGUCUCACCUUACACGACAAACUCCAGUCCUAUUUUAACUUCUGCUGCUACUACCACUCUAAGACCGUUACGUGUCAAACAAUAUUCCUUUGCAUCUAAUCCAAACAUUCUCCCCCCCCUUGGCGGCUCCCAUGGUGCCAUAUGCAUAUUCGACCGGUGCAGGCGCAGGUGCAAGUGCAAGUGCAAACGCAGGGGCAAGUGCAAACGCAAGUGCAAACACACACCCAAGCACAAGUGCAAGCACAAGUGCAAACACAACCGCAUUGACCGUCCCCCAACCCCCCCAGAACAGACCCCAGCUCUCAAAAACUCCCUCACCCCGACCUCCAAGCCAGAAAAACCAAAGAGCAAAAGAAGAAGAACAACCACCAAAGAAUGGAACAUCCUUCUAAACGAGUUCAAUAAAAACCCAAAUCCAAACAAGAUCAAAAGAAUCCAACUAUCCCAACAAUGUAACAUGACCGAAAAGACGGUCCAAAUAUGGUUUCAAAAUAGAAGACAAGCCAAUAAAAAAUUAUUAUUGAAAAAUAAUUCCGCAUCACCCACUUCUAGCCUAAACUCCGGCACAAACGGGCCUAAUAAAAGAAUAGGUCUCAAUUUUAUUAAUAACAAUAUCACCACUAUCAAUAUUCGCUAA